AUGCGAGACUUUGUUAAGCGGCAGAAGGCCUCCUCGCUGCGUCAGUCGCUGAGGGGCCGCAGCAGCCGCCAUGACGGCACUCCCGGCUCCAGCGGCGGCACCUCCAACCGGCGUCCGGCCUCGCUCUACCUGGCCGACUCGUCCUCGCGAUGUUCCAAGUCGCGUCAGUCGCUGCGCCGCGAGUGGGGCUCCCAGCGGGACCUGUCCCGCGAGAAACGCCACGGCGCCGCACCGCCGCACCCUCCGUCGGCCUCCCAACAGCUCCCCCAGCAUCAGCAGCAACAGUCGUGCGACGCUGGCUCGGACCACGAGCCGGACACGGCGUGGUCCUCCACCUGGACCCUGCCGGACAGCACGAGCGGAAGCGUGCCUCUGCCUCCCCCCAAGCAGCGCUCGCCGCGCAAACUGACCAAGGACUCCGGUUACGAGACCAGCGGUGGCGGCGGAGCUCACGGAGAGCCCGACUACGUGAACAGAGAGUGGGUGUCCCGCGCGCCCAGUCCGCCGCCGACGUCCGGCCAGACGUCGGGCCCGCCCAGCAUCGGCCCAACUAGUCCCGUCGGCGCUGGCGGCUCCACGUAA